UGGCUAGGCCUGGAAGUACUGUUGAAUAAAUGAGGUAUCACUAAGGCCGACAUCACCUGGCUGUUGUGAGGACAUCAUGAUAUGUUGCUUACAAACUGCCUGUCAAAGUCUGGCACAUAGUGGCUGCUCAAGACAGGAGUAGUUAAUAUUGUUAUGUGACAGCUGGGAGAGGGUGGCUGGUUAUGACUCGGAGGAGGGGGCGGCCAUGGCUCCUGUCAUGGCGGGCAACUGUCCUAGAGGGGUCACCAACGCAGGGUCUUGGGGCCUGGGUGCCUCCAAGCCAUAAUGCUGGGGGAACUUAUGUCUCUUUUUAGGAAUCUCCAUGGGAUACUUGCUUCCUCGGGCACCAUAGGAGCAUUGGUGGCUUGGUUGAUCAGCUAUAAGCCAGCCUUGUUUGGGUUCCUAUUCCUUCUGCUGUUGCUUAGCAACUGGCUGGUCAAGCAUGAAUUCAAGCCCACCCCCCCAGAGCCCCGGCAGGACAAGAUCCUUGAACGGCUUAUGUUCAGUGAAAUGAAGCUGAAGGUCUUAGAAAAUCAGAUGUUCGUUGUAUGGAAUAGAAUGAGUCACCGCAAGAGGUCAAGCCGGCAGCGGACUUUUCCCAUGAGGAAACACAGAAUAAGGAGACAUGAUUCAGUUUUCUCCAUCAUCUCUGACUGUACUUCUAACUCCCCCUAAUGAGGUCAGAGAGACUGGGGUGGGCUGGCCUCUUUGGAUGUUACCUUUCCUCAGUAAAACCCAGUCAGAGACUAUUGAAUUUUCUUAGUAAAUCACACUGGAGAGCAGGAUUGGAGGCUGAAAGGCCAAUCGCCUUUGGGAAAGAAAUCUGUACUCACCCCGUCAGCCACGUAGUGCUCUAAGAACAGCCUGAGGGGGCGGCCAGAACCUGGCUCCUCCUUCUCUUUCAGUUGUCCACCUUAACCCUAGUCCAGAGCCCUCUACCUGUUCACCUUGAGUCUUACAAUGGCCUCCCCUGAGCUGCCCCAGCUCCCAGUCUUCCCCUUUCCCUCUGCUCAGAGGCCAGAGCCAAGUUCUGCCAAGCGGGCAAGUUCACUGCCUCUUCUUGAAACUACGCCUCACUGUGGUUGAUGGAAUAAAGGUCACACUCCUUACCAUGGUGUUUAGCCCCUCCAUGAUCUGACCCCUUUUCCAGGCUUGUUUUCCGCCCCUUACUCUCCCUCAUGUGCUUUAUACCUUGUGCCAGAGUAUCCCAAACACCAGUCAUCGGGUACCCCCUUUGUGAUUUUUGCCAGAGCCAUGAGCCACCUGAAUAUUUUUAGCUCAAUAUUGUCCCUUUUAUU